UGUUCUUCCAUAAUGAGACGCUUUAUAACACAACGUCAGUGCUGGCAUCAAUCUAAUAAGAACGAGCUUUUAGGACGGAGGACUACUGCAGGUCCACUCUUUUGGGAAAUCUUCUUUUCUGCUUUGUGUGAGCUCGAACUCGCUCUGUUGUUGGAAUAGUCGCGAUUUGCUUGAAACUGGCCGUGAAGAUGCUGAUCUUACUACUGGGAAUCAUCCUGCUGCACAUUGCUGCACUGGUUCUGCUCUUUGUGUCAACAAUUGUCAGUGCAUGGACAACAGGGAAAGGGAGCACCUCAGACCUCUGGGUCAACUGUACCACUUCAUGUGUGCCAGCAUCAGCUGGAGAGUGGAUUCAGGCGGUCCAGGCUCUCAUGAUCCUCUCCAUCAUCUUCAGCUGUUUGGCUCUCUUCCUCUUCUUCUGUCAGCUCUUCACCUUGCAGAAGGGUGGACGUUUCUUCCUCACUGGAGCCUUCCAGAUCCUCGCGAGUUUGUUUGUGAUGAGCGGAGCCAUUAUCUACACAGUGAUGAGUCCACAGUGGGUGCCGGAGACAGACACCUUCGGUUACUCGUACAUCCUGGCUUGGGUGGCCUUCCCCCUGGUGCUCAUCAGCGGACUCAUCUAUGUCAUCUUAAGGAAGCGAGAAUGAGCUCCAUCCCGGUAACCUUAACUGCAACCCCCACCCCCCACCCCCAAAAAGUCAAAAGGCGAAGGACCAGCAGCCUGGGAGUAAUCAUGCAACAUCAAAAUAAUGUUUCAUUUCAAAGAUGUAUAUAGUAUCUGUGGUUUAAAACGUAUUUAUAACACUUUUUACAUAUAUGUACAUAGUUUUUGUGUUGCUCUGUCAGUGAAUACUACAGGCUUUGUUUGAGCUGCUUAAGUGCCUGAGUCUUUCUUUGUAAUAAUGAAAUCAUUUACGCUGUUUUGUUGUGAAGUUUUUGCCUUUUGAUUUGUUAUUGCCAAAGUAUAGCAAAAGAGAUGAAACUAGUAAAAUAACUUGAGUGCAUGUAUAGAUUUAGAGGGGUGAAGCAGACUUCUUUUGAUAGACUUGCUUUACAAAUAGAGUGGUAACAUCCAUGGAUUUAGUGCAGCCAUUAAAUUUAGAUUUGGUUCCUUUUUUUAUUUGUGAAUUUGGAAGUUUUAAUACAUUUUAUUUACAGGAUUUUUCUAUUUUUUUUUUUUUUUUGUUUUGUUUUCAACAAAAGAUGGUGCUAUGUAUUAAUCAUUCCUAUUACUGGUAGAAAUCAUUUUUCGGUAGGUUACUUUAUUCGAACAGCUUGAAGUUAUUUAAAUUGGACAGAGGAACACUUGUACGUACAGUGCCUGACUGCUUCUUGAGAGGAUGCAGCAUAGUUCACCUUUGAUUUUUCCUGUUUUUUUUUAAUAAAUAUUAUUCUUAAUGAGCUACUGUAAAUCAAAAAUAAUCAACCUUUAUAAGUUAUUGGAAUGUCAGUAUUAAUCCAAAGACAGUUGGACAGCAAAGUGUAAACCAUUUUUCUGUUAAGAUUUUAAAAAAUCCUAAAGAGGUUUUGAGAAAAUACACACUUUUGGCAUCAUAGCCAAAUGAAAGACAGUAUUGCGUCAAACUAAGCCAUAUAAAAAAUGAUCAGAACAUAUUUAGCAUUAACACUACAUGUGAUGGAAGAAAGGUUUGCAGUGAUGAUAAAAAUGUUUCACAUACUUGAAGUUUGCAGUCUUUGUCCACUGAUAACUAAAUGUUGUUUUUUUCUCUGAAGCUACGUUCACAACCCCCCUUGGCAAUGCGCAUUCAAGCGACCACUUAAAAUGAAAAGUCUAUGUGAAUGUGCGUUUUGGGCUUCUGCGUUCAUGUGUCGCCGCACAGGUUUCCACGACUGUUUCCGGGCUCUACAUACAAAACGAGUGGCCAUUAAACGCGCCUUGAAAAUUCAACCAGGUCGAUUUAUGACCAAUAAGGGACUGGAUUUUGUGAGUGAGAUAUGAAUGGCAACCCUUUUAAUUUGCAGAAGUGGAGAAAUGGUGGAGAAAUGAAUAAUUGCGGUUUGUGCCCAGCUGAAAUUAUACAAAACCAAGUAUUUCAUAUAUAGAAUAGAGCUGUGCAAGAAAAAACCUGGAGCAAGAUUCACAUGAAUUACCACCAUACUUCCAACUGUAUAUGUGGCCGACAAAAAGAAGGAAAAGACCCUCCCUGCUAGGAACACCAUAUGUUAAAAGCGUGUUCAAGUAUGCUCCACAUGCCCGGUGUGAACGUAGCAUAACACUAGAAAUUCUGUCAUUAUCAAUAGGUCUUUGUGAGAAUCAAGUGUAAAGCAAAUAUAUUUAACUGUAUUUAACCUAACACAAGGAAAUUGAUUCAUGAUAACACUUGAUGCUAAAAUUUGCAGAAUGUGGACCUCAUUUUUGAGAUGUUAUGCAAUCCUGAAUCUCUGUAAAGGCACCACACAGGAAUAGAAAACCUCAGUAUAUGAAGCCAAAGUAUUUGUAAAUUUCUAAAAUGACAGUAAAAGCCACACUCCAAUGCUGAAAUGUAACCAUGCAGAUUUCGACCCCCAAAUUCCACCUCAUAGCGUGUGUUGGUGGAUCGAAUUAGUGGUCUUGUGCAAAUGGUUGCGAGGGCUGUGUGUGGCUGGUGUCACCCUCUCUGGGGUAGAGGCUCGAUGCUCCAUGCCAGCUAUUCCAGACAUGCAGCUCCUGUUUCAGAGUUGAGCGUGCCUCUCAUGACAUCAGAUGUUACAGGACUUGUUGGAACACAAGAAGUGAGUCCUCCACUUGACAUCCUGUGUAAAAAUCCUGCAGGAAAGAGCAGCUCUGUGGUUUUAAGUGUCUCUGUCUGCAGCCGCACUGGCAGGGCUGCUGGGGUUUGCAGCUCACAGUCGGGUCCAGUUGGAAGAGGAUAUCUCUGAUGACAGCUGCCCUUCUUUCUGUUCAUUACAAAGCUUUCAAUUGUCAACACUGUUUACACUUAAACUACAACCUGCCUUUCUUGUUACCAAAGCUACUUUGAAUUAAAUCAUUAAAGGAUGUUUCUUACCACCAACA